AUGCUAGCAAAGGAAAUGGAAGUUUGUUGUAUUCUCGUAAAACUGUUGUUAUUGGAAUUGUUAUUAAUCUCUGGCACUGUGAUAGCCAAUGCCCAUCAGAGAAGGAACUGGUAUUCAAAUCAUUUUUAUGGCGGGGACACUGUUUUGUAUGGCCCUGAUAAACAUACAAGGUUUUCUGCUCUGGAAGAACACAUUCUGAUGGAGGAAAAUUCUACCUGGGCAGGCCAUGAUAAAAAGGAUUUUGAAGCUCUGCUGUCCUUCAAAGAUUGUAUUACAGCGGACCCCAUGCAAUCACUCUCCAGCUGGACUUUUAGCAAUUCAGAAAAUGUAUGCUCGUGGAAUGGUGUUUGGUGCAGAAAGCAUACCCACAGAGUUGUGGCCCUGAUUCUCCCUCACUUGGAGUUGGAAGGUACUAUUUCUUCUUCCAUAGAAAGCCUCUCCUUGUUACACACUUUGAAUCUCGCUCAAAAUUCUUUCACCGGAUGGAUUCCACCUCAACUUGGCCAACUGAAAGCAUUGAGGAUACUUGAUCUCAGCCAAAAUCUACUGAAUGGUUCCAUUUCCAAAUAUCUUGGCGAUUGCACGCACCUUGAGUGGGUAGAUUUGUCCCACAAUCACCUCAGUGGAAUGAUUCCAGUUUCUUUGAGCAACUGCACACGACUUCGACUUAUUUCCUUGCAAGAAAAUGGUUUGAUGGGGACGAUACCAACAGGAUUUGGUCGUCUGAAAAGGUUAGAGGUGCUUGACCUCAGCUAUAAUCCAUGGAAGAGCGAAAUACCUGCAGAUUUGGGUAAUUGUUCUUCACUCAAGGAAUUGUUUUUGGGUAACGAGCUGACUGGUUAUAUACCACCUGAACUGGGAAAUUUGAAAGAGCUUCAGAAAUUGAGGCUGCAAGGUCCAGGUAAUCUUACUGGCUCUAUUCCUGCAACAAUAGGCAACUGUAGCAAUCUUAUUUAUCUAGAUCUGGGGAUCAAUAAGAUCAAGGGACCGCUUCCAAUGAGUAUCUACAAACUUCCCCUGUCGACUAUUUCUUUGUUUGGUAAUGGUAUGGAAGGGAGACUACCAGAAGCCAUCUUCAAUAUGACCACACUGACGUUCUUAAAUCUUGGUGUCAACAGUUAUAAAGAAACCAUUCCAGAGAGCGUUGGAAUGUUAACAAACUUGGUCAUUUUGAAUUUAGGCACAAAUAGAUUAACUGGGAGCAUACCUCAAGGAAUAGGCAAUUUGACCCUACUUCAAGAGCUUUACCUCGACACUAACAAUCUGACAGGAACACUUACAAACGCCACAGGAAAGCUCCAAUCUUUGAAAAAGCUCGUUCUUCGCUCAAACUCAUUAGAUGGAUCUAUACCAUUUGGUAUUGGUGAGCUCAAGAAUCUUGUUUAUCUAGAUUUCCACAGCAACAGUUUUUCUGGGCUUAUUCCUGACAGCAUUGGCGGUCUGGUUUCACUUCAGACAUUGGAUGUAUCUUAUAAUCAGCUUACAGGACAAAUUCCACAAUCCAUAGGCAACUGCAGCAAUCUUGUUUAUCUAGAUUUGGGGAUCAAUAAGAUCAAGGGACCGCUUCCAAUGGGUAUAUCCAAGCUUCCCCUGUCGACUCUUUCUUUGAUGGGUAAUGGUAUGGAAGGGAGACUACCAGAAGCCAUCUUCAAUAUGACCACACUGACGUUCUUAAAUCUUGGUGUCAACAGUUAUAAAGAAACCAUUCCAGAGAGCGUUGGAAUGUUAACAAACUUGGUCAUUUUGAAUUUAGGCACAAAUAGAUUAACUGGGAGCAUACCUCAAGGAAUAGGCAAUUUGACCCUACUUCAAGAGCUUUACCUCGACACUAACAAUCUGACAGGAACACUUACAAACGCCACAGGAAAGCUCCAAUCUUUGGAAAAGCUCGUUCUGCGCUCAAACUCAUUAGAUGGAUCUAUACCAUUUGGUAUUGGUGAGCUCAAGAAUCUUGUUUAUCUAGAUUUCCACAGCAACAGUUUUUCUGGGCUUAUUCCUGACAGCAUUGGCAGUCUGGUUUCACUUCAGACAUUGGAUGUAUCUAAUAACUUCUUGACCGGAAAAAUUCCUGCAACAUUGGCUAAUUGUACAGCCUUGAAUAGGCAAAAGCUGUCCAACAACUCCUUCUCUGGGGACCUAGAUCUUAAUUUUUCUUAUUUCAUUGAAGUUUUUUCAGUUCAUAGUAAUAAGUUUUCAGGGACUCUACCUGCUUCCUUGGCCAAUUGUACACAUCUUCAGCUUCUGGAUUUCAGCAGGAAUAGACUUACAGGUGAGUUUCCUCCAGGCCAUCUUGCAAAUUGUCAAGAGUUGAGAGUUUUAAGCCUUGGCUCUAAUGAACUUGAGGGCAGAAUACCUCUGUGGAUCACAAACCUCACCAGUUUGCAGGUGUUAAGCUUGUCCAAUAAUAAAUUCAUCGGAAGAAUUCCCUCUCGUCUGAAGGAUCUUGAGGGAUUCCGAAACACAGAAACUUCUCGAGUGACAGGUAGCACACUAUAUGAAGAGAUACCCAUAGUGGAGAAAGGAAAGGAGUAUACAAUUACUUAUGUUCUAGCAGCAAACAUUAUACUGGACCUGUCAUACAAUAAUCUUAUUGGGCAAAUACCAGAAAGCAUUGGACAUCUAUCUAGUAUGAGGCUGUUAAAUCUGUCUGGAAAUCAUCUGGAAGGUAGAAUUGUUAAUUAUGGGUAG